AAAAAAGAAAAAAAUAAAAGUUUUGCUUUUUUUUCUCUCUCGUCUCUCUCGUAUCAUCGCUUCUGAUUUCCUCCGUCGCUUCACCAUUCUCUCUGUUUCUGGGAUGGGUGAUUUCUUCAAUGAGUCGAAUCUUCGAUUUGGAAUAUUGAAAAGAAGAUAGACUUCUCACUCUUCAGAUUCGAUCACACUUAGGACAACGUUGGUGUUGCUGCUGUUGCUUUUGGAACUUCUUACUAUCAUCUUCACCCUAACGAUGCAACUCUCCUCUGGGAUCAUCUUCUUGUACAUUUCUUUAUCUCUUCUCUUAUCUUCUCUUCUCUGAGACUUGCUUUUUGUGUCUUGUUUUUGAUCACUCGUUUUUGGAUGAAAUAACUAUUGCCUUCACAUCAAUCAUGGCUAUAUUUGUAAUCGAGAGGAUUGAUGAGCAUAAGGGUUACUUACUCCAUUGUUCCUUUGCUUCUUGCUGGCCUUAUCAGCAUUUUAUAUUGGAGGUUUUUCGAUGAUCUUAAACCAUAUGCUUUAGUACAAUUUGUUCAUUGCAUUGUCAUUCCCUUGAUGGUUAUUCUAUCACCUCCAAUGUAUACACAUUCUACGUAUUGGCUUUGGGUUGCAGGAUUUUAUCUCUUAGCUAAGGUGGAAGAAGCUGCUGAUAAGCCUAUAUAUAGUUGGACUCAUCAUAUUAUUAGUGGCCAUUCUCUGAAGCAUUUGUACGCUGCUAUGUUCCAUGUCUUCCUUACCCUCGUGCUUGCAAAAAAACCAUUCAAACUGAGAGGUACAUUCUCAUAUAUAUAUGAAAUGACCGGGAAUUGCAGAUCCAUAUUCUUGACUCAUGCAUUCCAUUGUUGGAUGUUGUCACAGUUAACACUUAUGUUUGAUUUGGAUGUUUGUUUGUAUGUUGUUUCUGUUUAUGUUUAUGUAAUGAGUUUAACUUGUUUGGUUUCAUGUAUAAUCACAAUCGGUUGAUGUUUCUUUGUUAUGUAAUGAAUUUAAGUGCUUCAGUUU